AUGCUUGCUCCAAUUGUUAUUACCGGGAAGAUAUUUAUUCAGAAGUUGUGGUCUGCUGGCUUUGAAUGGGAUGCACCACUCCCAGAUGCACUUCAAAAUACGUGGGAUUUAUUUUACAGAGAACUUGACGGUAUAAACCGUAUCCGUGUACCACGAUGGUUAGGUUUGGCUGAGGGUAAGACUACUACGCUGCUUGGGUUUUGUGAUGCAAGUCCACUUGCCUAUGCGGCUGUCCUCUAUACUAGGACAACAGAAGGUGAAGGUCGGUCAACUGUAUCAUUGCUAACAGCUCGCACCAAAGUGGCGCCACUCAAGGGUGCAACGAUUCCUCGCCUAGAACUUUGUGCGGCACAUUUACUCGCAUCCACACUGGACAAUGUGCGGACUGCUUUACGUCUAACGGACACUUCUUAUCAUUUAUGGUCCGACUCGCGAAUCGUGUUAUGUUGGUUACGUAAACCUCCAACUACUCUCAAGCCGUACAUUUCCAAUCGUGUUCGUCACAUUCAAGAGCUGACAUCACCAGAUCGUUGGCAUUAUGUACGGUCUGCACAAAAUCCGGCAGACUGUGCCAGUAGAGGUAUCCGAGCAUCAGAACUGGUUGAACAUCAGUUGUGGUGGCAAGGGCCAAAAUGGCUUAUGGACAAACAGCUACCAAUUCCCUUUGGGAUCGAAUUAAAAGAUGACGAGCUUGACAUUGUACGUGGUGAACAGAGAGUGUCAUCAUUUGCGAGCAUUCGACGGCACAUGCGAGCAUUCUUACAACUCGACGUCUAG